GGCUCCUUCCUGCGGGCUGGCGGCGCUGGGCCGCGGUGCCCCGGGCGGCCGCAGCAUGUGAGCGCCGGGGCGGGGAUGCUCUGGCUGCUCUGCGGCCCCUCCCGCGCCAUGGACGCCCAGGCGCUCGUCAUCCGCAUCAAGAUCCCCGACGGGGCCGCCGUGGACUGGACCGUGCACUCCGCGCCUCAGCUGCUCUUCAGGGACGUGCUGGAUGUCAUCGGUCAAGUUCUGCCAGAUGCAACCACCACAGCCUUUGAGUAUGAAGAUGAGGAUGGGGAUCGGAUCACUGUCAGAAGCGAUGAGGAGAUGAAGGCCAUGCUGUCCUAUUAUUACUCCACUGUAAUGGAGCAGCAAGUAAAUGGACAGUUGAUAGAGCCCCUCCAGAUCUAUCCACGAGCCUGCAAACCUCCUGGGAAACGGAACAUACAUGGCCUGAAGGUAAAUACUCGAGCAGGGGCUGCCAACAACAGCGGCUCCGCCGAUUCCCUCCCCAGCAAUAGCUUGAAAAAGUCUUCUGCAGAGCUGAAGAAAAUACUUGCCAAUGGCCAGAUGAAUGAACAAGACAUACGGUAUCGAGACAUCCUCGGUCAUGGCAAUGGAGGCACAGUCUACAAGGCAUACCAUGUCCGCAGUGGAAAAAUACUGGCAGUAAAGGUCAUCCCCUUAGAUAUAACACUGGAACUCCAGAAGCAGAUCAUGUCAGAGUUAGAAAUUCUUUAUAAGUGUGACUCAUCGUAUAUCAUAGGAUUUUAUGGUGCUUUUUUUGUAGAAAACAGGAUUUCAUUGUGUACAGAGUUCAUGGAUGGGGGUUCUUUGGAUGUUUAUAGAAAAAUUCCAGAGCACGUCCUGGGAAGGAUAGCAGUGGCUGUUGUGAAAGGCCUGACCUAUUUAUGGAGUCUAAAGAUUCUGCACAGGGAUGUGAAGCCCUCCAAUAUGCUGGUGAACACCCGGGGCCAGGUGAAGCUCUGUGACUUCGGGGUCAGCACUCAGCUGGUGAAUUCUAUAGCCAAGACGUAUGUUGGAACAAAUGCUUACAUGGCGCCCGAGCGGAUUUCAGGGGAGCAGUACGGAAUUCACUCGGAUGUUUGGAGCCUGGGGAUUUCCUUCAUGGAGCUUGCUCUUGGGAGGUUUCCAUAUCCUCAGAUUCAGAAAAACCAGGGAUCUUUAAUGCCUCUCCAGUUAUUGCAGUGCAUUGUUGAUGAGGAAUCGCCGGUCCUUCCAGCCGGGGAGUUCUCGGAGCCAUUUGUACACUUCAUCACUCAAUGCAUGAAGAAGCAGCCAAAGGAAAGACCAGCACCUGAAGAUUUAAUGGGCCACCCCUUCAUCGUGCAGUACAACGACGGCAACGCCGAGGUGGUGUCCAUGUGGGUGUGCAGGAUGCUGGAGGAGCGCCGGGCCACCCAGGGAGCACCGUGAGCUGGGAGGGGCAUCCCAGGAAUCCAGAGCUCCCCCUGGGCCAGGAGCACCAUCCCCACGCUUCCGACUCGCCGUUUCUCCGGAUCGUAUUUCCCAAAAAAAAAAUGUUUUCCAGGAGUGCCAGCAAAACCCAUCAGGGGGUUUCGUUGCUGCCUUUCCCUCACCGCCACCCUAAGGAAUCUUCUUCCCACCUUUCUUUUGCUGCUGAGCAAUUUUACAGAUUAUCUUCAGUUAUACUGCCCACAGCCUUGAAGCAAGUAUUUUAUAAUCUCUAUUUUUUUGGUUAUUGAAUGUACUGGAUAUUUCCUGACUCCAGAGUAUUUUUUAACUGUGGCUCUCGCACAGAUGACACGCCGAGUGUUCAGAGGAACCCUGAGGAGGUGGUGGCUGUCUCUGAGUGCAGAAAGCCACAAAAUACUGGGUUGAAAUGUAAAACAAAAGCAAACAAACAGAAAAAGAGAAGUGUCUGGGCUUGCCCAGGUGAGGGGUUGCCCUUCCAGGGGGCAUUCAGGUGGAUCAGCACUCAUAAAUGACCGGGAAUGCCUCUCCCUGCUGCAGGUCAGGUUUGCUGGGAGAGCCAAGCAGGGAAGAGAACACAGAACUGAAGAGCAUCCAUGGUCAGGCUCUGCAGGCUGGGCCCUCAGUCAGAAAGGUUUUGCUGAGGUGGAAAAGGUGAGGAGAGAGGACAGUGCUCAGCUCUGGAGCCAGGCUGGGAGAGCUGGGGGGUUCACCUGGAGAAGAGAAGGAUCCAGGGAGACCUGAGAGCCCCUUGCAGGGCCUAAAGGGACUCCAGGAGAGCUGGAGAGGGACUGGGGACAAGGGAUGGAGGGACAGGACACAGAAUGACACAGGGAAUGACAGAAUCCCAGAGGGCAGGGUUAGGUGGGAUAUUGGGAAGGAAUUCCUGGCUGGGAGGGUGGGCAGGCCCUGGCACAGGUUGCCCAGAGAAGCUGUGGCUGCCCCUGGAUUCCUGGAGAGUGUCCAAGGCCAGGUGGGAGCAACCUGGGUUAGUGGAAGGUGUCCCUGGGGGGGAACAAGAUGAGCUUCAAGAGCUCUUCCAACCCAACCAUUCCAUGAUUCCCUAAUUCCUGCCCAGGGAGCAGGUGCCGUGGGAGAGCAGCUCCAGCCGCAGGGAUCUGCAGGGAGCAGCAGCACAGGGGGGGCAGUCCUGCCCCAGGGAGCCAAGGGCCACAGCUCAGGCUUGGCAGCAUCCCAUGGGAUUGUGGGGACAAAGAGAUGGCACAGAGGGUCCCUCAUGGCCAGGGAACAGGCUGCAGGUUUUCCUGAUUGUCAGAGCAGCUCGUGGCUUGCUUGGAAGCCUCUUGCCUUCCUCAGCUCCACCUUGAGCCCUGAUUUCAUCCCUCGGAGUCGCUGCAGUGAGGGGUGGGUGCAGCUGGGUCAGGCACAGGCUCCCAGGUUUGCUGUUACAGGAAAGGGCAAUGAUUGCAAUGUCCCUGGUCUCUGUUCCUGGCUCCUGCAAUUUCUGGGGACGUUUCCACAACAGACCGAGCAGAGAUUGAACCAGCCCUUGUUCAAGAUGCUUAUUAAAAGGAAAAACAAAACACAGACAAGAUGUGAGAGGCAGGUUUGGGGUGAGCGACUUGGGUGGGAGGAGGUUGGGGCUUUGUUUGCUUGUCUUU